AUGACGAUGAUAUUGAUGCUCUUUUCUUGUUUAAUUGGCGCGUGUUAUUUUAACGCAGUCCACGCGUACGGCGGCGGCGGGUUUUGGCAAGAGAACGAUGUCUUACCGCUGGACGUUUUAUCUCGCGCGCACUCGGUGUGUUCGACGAAUAAAAUCGAUUCCAAGGCAACGGUUUCGCUCGAAGAUUUUGAUUUUCGCCAAAAUGAAAACCAGCACAAAUACGUGACCAUUAUCGGGACGUAUUUUACCGGGUGCACGCCCGGGAGACUGGAUUAUCCAACCUUGACGACGUAUUUGAAGAGUUUAUACGAGACGUACGAAACGGAAGGGGCGACUGCUCACGUGGCCACGCUCGUUUCGCUGAAGAACGGCGUCAACGCGGGCGUCUGCGACGCUUGGAUGACGCACGAUGCGAAUUCGGUGAAUGUGAAUGAUAUGGGAGGAAAGUUUCCUUUGAUGAUUGACGAUAGAGAUAGGAGUUUGACCUAUUCGUUUUUUGAUGCGGCAGUGCAUCCGCAGUACACAGUUUUGGAUCAUUGCAUGCGGGUGGCGAAAUUUUUACCCGGGACGGCGGAUUUUGAAGGCGAGGAAAGUUUGUUGAGCGUGGUGACGAGUUUGAUGUUAAAUAUUUCCGCAAGUUGUGACGAUGGCGAAGACAGGAGAGCGAGCGAUGUUCUAAAGGAGAGGGUGAGAGCGAAAGAUGCGUCGUUUGUAGCGGACGGGGUCGUGGUGACGAGCGCGAGCGCGGGAGACUACUGCGUGGACGCGUUUGGGCCGCGAACGAACCGAGGUUCCGUGAAAGUUGUCGAAACUGGAUUGAACACUCCGAGAGCUCUUUCGUUCAACGGUGCGAACGAAAUUUGGAUCGCGACGGCUGGUGAUGACUCGCUACGUUUGGUUACUCUAGAUGACGCCACGAAAGCAACCGCGACGACGUCGAGAUCAGUCACGGAUAGGGCAAAGUACCAUUAUUUAGAUAAAGUGAGUCAAAUCGCGUUCGGUUUAGAUGGCAAUUUCGCCACGUGUCAAGAAUCGUCGAAUGAUUACGAUGGAAUGAAAACGAGUAAUUAUUUCAUGGGACCAACGCUUUACGAUUCUGGGAUCGUACCAACGUCAGAAGACAUCAACAUCGAUCUAAACGGCGAAAAAUGCGACGUGCGAACGUACGAUCAAUCGAGUAAGUCAUGUUUUCUCACGCACGAGGAUAUGCUUCAUGCGACGCCUUUGUGCAUGGGCAUCGCCCACGAUGGUGAAUCUCAAACAAGUUAUGGCAACGUGUUUUGGGCGUUUGAUGGAUAUCACGGGACUUUAGUUCGGUACGAUUUCGAGAAGCCCCACGGGCCGAAAAGUUUAGACCACGAUUUGGCGAACGUUCGUAGGUACGACGAAGUGCAAUUGAAACGAGAGGCAGACGUACCGUCGCACAUUGUCGUUGAUAGUGCGACGAGAGCAGUCUAUGUCGCGGACACGGGAAAUAACCGAAUAAUUGUUUUAAACGCCGAUUCGGGUAGAUUCGCGUACAACGCUCGGAGCGAUUUAGGCGGCGAAUACACGUCUUGGUCGUCGCAAAAAGCAAGUUUCGAGUACUCUGUGUUUGGAUGUGCGCAAUUUAGAACGUUUAUUGAAGGAUUGAAUAAACCAUCCGGCAUAGCCGUUCACGAAAACGUUUUAUACGUCUCAGAGUAUAGUUCUGGUAAAAUCAAAGCGUUUCAGAAAACGUCCGGCGUAUUACUCGAUACGUUUGAAACCGGAUCGAUGGCGUUGGGUGGCAUCGCGUUCCAACCUUCCUCGAAUAAGUUAUGGUACGUGUGUCGCUCUUCGAAUUCGUUGCGAUAUAUUGACGUGUCUAUGACAGAGCAGAAGUGCAGUGGAAGCACGGGCACAAUUCCGAGCGGCAAUGCGAUCGAUUUCGGUACGGUGCCUGUGAGUGGCUCUACUGAUUUAUGUCCAGCACUGCCCACGUCCCUGGGUAUCGCAGUACACGUCGAACACGACGACGGGUAUUUGAACACAACAAUGCUGAGUUAUUCGUACGGCAUGUCUGAGAGUUGCAUGGCGUGCGACGACGACUGCGAUAACGACAUGUUACUCAUGGCUGGAUGGUUAUGUCACAAAUGUCUCCCGCAACCGUGCGAAAACGACGGAGUGUGUACUAAUGUUCAAGGCAAAGGGUACAGCUGCGCCUGUAGUGAAGAUUUUACGGGCGAUCGAUGUCAAAGCCCAGCUUCGCCACCACCAUCUUCGUCGUCCUCGUCCGCGGGUGGUAUUCAUAUGCGAAGAAGUCUGAGCGCAUUUAGCGUUGCGAUCGGGUUGAUGUAUUUAUUCGAAUUGUUUUGA